UAUUAAUGUAACAUUUAGAUAUUUGUAAACGUCGGGUUGAUGUUUGGAAAAUACGUGCGCAAUCUCGGAGAAGACGCGCAGUGACGGGACCCCGUGAGCGCUUUCGGAUUUUGGCUGUGCUGGAAAUUGUCAAUCAUGGUAUUGGUAAAGCCCCGUAAGAAGGUGUGCGUCGACUGCGUGGCUUUUGUGUUCUGCUUGGUCUUGUGUGAGUUCGUUUGGGCGCAGAAUGACACGGAGCCCAUCGUCCUGGAGGGAAAAUGUCUGGUGGUGUGCGACUCGAACCCUGCCGACUGGAAGAGCUCGUCCUCGCCGCUCGGCAUCUCCGUGCGCGCGGCCAACUCCAAAGUGGCUUUCUCUGCGGUGAGAAGCAACAAUCACGAGCCAUCAGAGAUGAGCAAUAAGACUAGGAUCAUAUAUUUCGACCAGGUUCUUGUCAAUGUAGGAAGCUAUUUCACGCUGGAAUCCGUGUUCCUGUGUCCCCGGAAAGGAAUCUACAGCUUUAACUUUCACGUUAUUAAAGUUUACCAGAGCCAGACCAUCCAAGUGAAUUUAAUGUUAAAUGGAAAGCCGGUCAUUUCUGCCUUCGCCGGGGACAAAGACGUCACGCGUGAAGCGGCCACCAAUGGCGUCCUCCUGCACCUCAACAAGGAAGACAAAGUUUACCUGAAGCUGGAGAAGGGCAAUCUGGUCGGCGGAUGGCAAUACUCCACCUUUUCAGGCUUUCUUAUAUUUCCCCUGUAAAGCACAUACACUAGAACGACUGUCGUCUUUUCUGUCCAGCAAAACAACCGUCAUCGUGUAAGCAGCCCUGAAGGCGUCCGAAUGGAAUCACAUCUCCAAAUCGUUCAACUGAUGUUUUAAGACUACAUUGUGACAAUGAAUUAUCUGGAGACUGCAGUGCAAUAUCUCAUCUACCGUCAGCUGGCGUUCUACAUAAACCCUUCCUAGCAGAUUCAACGGCGGACUCAUUGUUGGUUUAGUAAGUGAUGUCAUUUAAAGUUACUGUGUUAGACGUCAGGGGACAUCCGUUAAAUAUAAUCUUGGUUAAAACUGAAAAAGUGAUUAUUGAUUUGAAUCUAGCAUCUUAGGCAAACAUGAGAAAAAACAUUGACACUUUUUAUGUGCUGAGAGGUGUUAAAAUGAAUUUUUC